GUUCUUCUGUUUUUUGUGAAAAUAUUUUAUGUAUAAUUGAUUUUAAAGUUUAAGUAUAAUAUUUUUAACAAAUUCUAAAAUUAGCUAUGUGUUACAUGGAUUCUGUGCGUCGCAUUUAAGGAAAUCUAAGAUGCCUAAAAUACCGUAUAAACCUGAAAAAGCCCGUGAGGAUGACGAUGAUUACGAAAUUGUGUCUUUUGAAGACUUCUGUGACAAGUCUCCUGGUUCUAAAACCGACCUAUUGACGCUAAAUGAUAAUAUAAACUAUCGUCUUUGUUACGAGAGUGAUAAGAAUUCAAAAUUGAAUGAAUUAGAAGGUGAGAGCUCCAGAGCUGCAGAUAGACACACGGAGACCUCUCUAAAUGGCCCUAAAGGUGUUACAUUUAAGAGGAAGCUUUCAAAUUCGUUUUCUCCCUUUGGGCGAUACAACAACAAAGGAGGCAGAACUCCACUGUUCAGCGGAGUUAUUCCUAAGCCAAGAAGUGAAGGAGAGUCUGGAGCAAGGGAACAUAGAUACCAACGCUUUUCGGAGCGUCGCAACAUAUUCCAACGCAUCUGGGAGCACUUGCCCGGGCUAGGAUCAGGCAUGCUGGGCGUGGCACUGGUCUGUGCGCUGUGUGUGGGUGCCUGGUGGGCUGUGGGCGGCGCUGUCGGAGGUUCCUGGGGAGAAGAACAUUACAGAAAACUCUGGGAAAGAACACAUCCAGAUGCGAUCAAGAAACCCCUGUCACCGAUGCCAUAUGAAAAGUUUCCUAUACAGCAAGCUCCGGAGUACCGAUACCAUGAUCACAACAACUUGAGUACGAAGAACAAGAGUAAUGCUACGGAGAGGAAGAAGACGGACCUGAACAAGAAGAAUGUGUACCCGGAGAGGACUGUGGAAGUCCUUCAGGAUAUGUGUUCCAAGGUCGAUGAGAUGAUGAAGUUCGAUUGUUUUCCUCAAGGAGCUUCCAAUGAAAAGGAUUGUGUUAAACGAGGAUGCUGUUGGAAAUCAACAGAGACUCAAGGAGUGCCAUACUGCUACUAUCCAUCUCACUUCGACUCCUUCCGAUUCCUAAACAUAACGGAAGACAAGCACGGUAUGGUUGCCUACAUGGAGAAGGUGCGUCCGUCCGGAUAUCCAGGAGACUUUGAUGUCGCUAGGAUGGACUUCAAGUAUUUGUCUGAUGAUGCUCUGCAGAUUAAGAUCUAUGACGCAGAACACAAGAGGUUCGAGCCGAUGCAACCUGAAACAUCAAUAGUGUCGAAACCUCUCUCUCAGAAGAAGUACAGGGUGGAAGUCGACGGGUCUCUCAUGGGAUUCAAGGUCAUCAGGAAUUCUGAUAAUGUUACUAUUGUAAACAGCCAAGACGUAGGCGGUUUGAUCCUAUCAGACAAGUUCCUGCAACUAUCAGCCGUGCUACCGACGAGCCAUAUAUUUGGGCUCGGAGAGAAGAGGGCGCGGUUCAUGAAUGAUGUCAAUUGGAAUACUUUCGCAUUAUUUAAUAGAGACAGGGUGCCUACUGAGGGGGUGAACCUAUACGGCACGCAUCCACUGUACCUGGCCGUGGAACACGACGGCAACAGUCACGGCAUGCUACUGCUCAAUUCUAACGCUAUGGACAUAGUCCUCCAGCCGACGCCAGGCAUAACAUAUAGAACUACGGGUGGUAUUCUGAACUUCUUCAUCUUCCUUGGACCCUCGCCCAAGGAGGUAGUAGCUCAGUACACUGAGCUGGUCGGCCGACCGUUCAUGCCGCCUUAUUGGUCGCUUGGAUUCCAUUUGUGCAGGUUCAACUACAACACAGUGAACGCUACUAGAAAUGUGUGGAAAGCUAACAGGGAUGCUGGGAUACCUUUUGACGUGCAAUGGAACGACAUAGACUACAUGCACGACCACAACGACUUCACGUACGACACCAAACGCUUCGCAGGACUACCCGACUUUGUCAAGGAAGUACACUCCGAGGGAAUGCAUUAUAUGAUUAUUAUUGAUCCAGGUGUGGGUGCGUCAGAGAAGCCUGGCACUUAUCCACCUUACGACAGAGGCGUCGAGAUGGACAUAUUUAUCAAGAACUCCACCAAUCAGAUUCUUAUUGGACAGGUGUGGAACACGGGUCAGACAGUGUACCCAGACUUUACUCAUCCGAACUCCAGCAGUUACUGGCUGGAGAUGAUGUCCAACUUCCAUAAACAUGUUCCUUACGAUGGGGCAUGGAUUGACAUGAACGAGCCGUCCAACUUCCGCGACGGCACGGCGGUGGGGUCGUGCGCCCCCGAGGAGCUCCCGUACCGGCCGCGGACGUCCGACGCGGCGCUGCGGACCCACACCGUCUGCAUGGACGCGCGCCAGGCCGCGGGCUCGCACUACGACCUGCACAACCUGUACUCCUACACUGAGGCUGUCGCUACCUACUUCUCGCUAGCAGAGAUCCGCGGCAAGCGACCGUUCAUAAUAUCCCGUUCCACGUUCGUGGGGAUGGGCAAAUACUCCGGACAUUGGAGCGGAGACAUCGCCAGCGACUGGCAUGACAUGAGGAUGACUAUCCCUGAGUUGCUAAGCUUCAGUCUAUUCGGUAUUCCAAUGAUGGGCGCCGACAUCUGUGGGUUCCGCGGCGACACCUCUACCGAGCUCUGCAAGCGAUGGAUGCAACUCGGGGCCUUCUAUCCAUUCUCCAGGAACCAUAAUGAUGAUAGCUCUAAGCCCCAAGACCCAGUGUCGCUGGGUGCGGAGGUAGUGGCGGCGUCCCGCGCGGCGCUCCGCCUGCGGUACUCGCUGCUGCCGUACUACUACGCCCUGUUCUGGAGGGCACACGUCUACGGGGAUACUGUCGUCAGACCACUGUUCUUUGAAGCCCCCGAGCAGAGCAACCUGCACGCGAUAGACAGUCAGUUCCUGGUGGGUCCGCACGUGAUGGUGGCGGCCAUCCUGCAGGCGGGCGCGGCCACGGCGCGCGCCGAGUUCCCCGGCCCGCAGAGCUGGUACAACAUACUCGACGGACAGUUCAUUGCCAGCGACAAGUCUUAUGAACUCAUGGAGAAUGAAACUGUUUCAGUUAAGGGCGGUGGUAUAAUCCCCAUGCAGGAGCCGCCGACCCAAGGGCCAGUGACUACAACUAACACACGAAGCUCUCCGCUACAACUACUAGUUGUACCUGAUAGAGAUAAUCAGGCUAAAGGAGAAUUGUACUGGGAUGAUGGAGAUAGCUUGAACUCCUACGAAGAACAGAAAUACAGUCUCAUAGAAUUUACUCUAAACAUCACGGAGAUUCGUAGCACGGUGCAGUGGUGGGGAUACGGCGUGCCAUCGCUCAACAAGAUCUCAGUACUCAACCAACCGCCGAUCAAGAUGGUCGCCGUCAACGACCAACCGUGCGUCAAACCGUGCGAGUACACGUACAACACACAAACAAAGUUAUAUUGCAAUACGUGUGGGUCGAAAGACUGUGAAAGACAUGACUCCAGCGUGGGCACAGACCCAUGGGUGGGGCUACAAAUACACAAACAGUUGGAUCAAGCUAUAGAGGAUUUCUACAACACGAUAUUGGAUCAGUUUAUAAAUUCGUGGUACAGUAAGGUGACGCUGCAGCCGUUCUUCGUGGACGAGCUGCGGUACCAGCUCCGAUAUGCAUCCGCUUGUCUGCUGCAGAGGGCUGUCAAGAUAAACUACGCCAAAUUUAUAACGUCCCGGUUAGUACCGUGCGCGUUACGUCACUACUCAGUAUGCGCGUCACGUCCGGGGGUGGCGCUAGAUUCCAAGAUGGCGCUACAUCCGGCCGCCGCCAAUAGGAACGCAGAACUUAAGUAUUUAAGAUGUAUCACGAACGCCAUAAUGCCGUAUUUAUUGAAGAAUAAUGAGUUGCAAAAUUCUGUGUUUUGCGUGUUAAUAAGAGAGAUAUUCGCUGGUUGGGUGCUAUUGUCUCUAACUGACGUAUUAGCCGACCCUUACAUACUGAACACUCUUAUAAUAUUAGCUACGGGAGAUGAAACUAUGGCUCAGUUGCCUUCUACGCCUAAUUAUAAGGUAGAAUUCCUAGAAACCUUCGUCCGUCAGACGGAAUCAAUGUACAGUCAGCGCUGCAAGCUGCUGCGACUGGAGCUGGACCUGGUCAUCAGCGACCAGGAACUGUUCUUCGCAUUCAUGCAAUACAUGAAGACCACAAGUCAUCUACAUCUGUUGCAGUUUUAUAAGGACAUCAAAUUAUUCCAAACAAAAAUCCUGAACCCUGAGCUGAGCAGGUCGGAGGAGGAGUCCCUGCAGCGCGCGGCGCGCGUCCUGUACUCGCAGUACUUGGCGGACGGCCCGCCGCCCCUCGCCGCCGACCUGGCCGCAGACCUGCAGGCGCUGCUGCAGCAGGACAAUACUAUCAACAAAUUCCAAACCAGUCGAGCGUUGUACCAGGCGGCGCGACAAUCUCAUUCUGUAUUAGAAAAAUUGUGGCUGCCCAAGUUUCUGCAUAGUGAAGAGUUCUACAAAUUACUUAUCGGGAGCAGAUUGCCUACAGGAUAUCAGAAGCAAAUGGUCAAAAAACCCCACGAGAGACUACUGAACCAGGCUUUAAAGUUAGGGCAUCGUUUGAAAGGUGCUCUAAAACCCCAGACAGUUGACGGCCAAGUACUAGACUGUUACACCAACUGUGAUGAGUCGGAAGGAGAUGGAGUGGACAAUAUGGAUAUAUUGAAGUAUUUAGACAAUUUAGCCGUCGAGGAAUCUUUGAGAGGACACGAUCUGAGCACUUACAAGGUCGUUUUGACUAACGUCGAGACGAAGUUGCAAGUCCCCCCCCGGCGCGGCGCGGUGCGCGUGUUCACACUGACGGUGCACCGCGCGGGGGGCGCCGCGCCCGCCGAGCUGUGGGCGCUGGACCGCUCCGAGCACGACUUCCAUCUACUACGGAGCAAGCUGCACGAGUUCCACGGGGACGCGUUACUGCAUGACCUGUCGCUGCCUUCUCGCAGAGACAACAGUCCCCUAGAAACUCUUCGAUACAAAUACGAGGACUUCCUCCAGAGACUACUCCAAAAAAGUUUACUCCAAACUAGUGAAUUACUUCGGAUAUUCCUGACAGAAGACGGUGACUUCUCAAUAGUAGUCCAGGCGUCCACCUUGAAUGCUACUAGCUCAGACUUGGGCAAUAUUUAUCAAAAUGUUGCUUUGAGGCUAAGGAAGGAGAAAGGACAACAUUUGGAGAGCUUCCUGAGGAAUCUCUUGGUAUCUUCUGAUAUUGAGCGGUAUCAGGCUUUUUCAUCACUGAAGCCACCUGACCCCGUCCCUUCUAUCUCCAGGAAGCAUGGGACAGCCCGCGACGUGGAGGAAGCACAAGAGAUGAGUGAGGAUGUGGCAGUCGAGGUCCAGUACAAACGACAACGCCGCGUCCGCAACAUUCAUACAUCCGUGUUCCAGAAUAAUUUUGACGUUGAACCUGCAUUGAGUAAUGUUGAUAAGGAGUACCAGACCUCUGUUGUUGGGUUUACGCAGUGUCUUAUGUAUUUGUUAAUAAAAGUGAUAAAAGUAAGCAGUGUAGUGACCCGCGUGGUCGGGUCCAUAGCGGCGCGGGCGCGGACCUUACUGGACGACGUGGUCCACGCUCUCUUGGACUCGACGCUGCGAGACUUGUUGAAUGAGAGGAGGUUGGCGCAUCUCAUUAGGUUAGGACAUGGCCUAUUGUUCGGCAAGCGCUCGUCAGUCCCGCGCGUGUCCCCGGGCGCGCAGCGCGUGCUGGCGCGCGGCCAGCUGCAGCGCGCCCUGCCGCGCGCCGCGCCCCGCGCGCGGACCGCCGCACUCCACGCGUUCGACAUCAUACAGCUGCCACAGCUUAAUAAACAGCUGGUUUACAACUUACUGGAUUUAUGCAUCAUGGAGCUAUUCCCUGAACUCGGCGCCAUAGACAAGAAUCCAUCCAAAGAAUCAAAGAGUUGAGGAUGUAUAUUAAUCUUUCCCGGCAAGACGUAAUUUAUUUUAUAAAUAAAAACUCAAAUAGGCAUUUUGUAAAUCGCCAAAAAUACGCACGGUUGUCUGAUGUAAUGAUGUUUAGUUAAUUUAUACGCAACUUAUUGUGUAAUUGUAAAUAAUUGUAUUGUAUAAUAAUGAAUCUAUUUUUAUAAUAUUAGUUAUUGAAGCAAUAUUCGUUCACUUGACCCCUCGAGGUUGUAAUCGAAAGACCACAGAGUAUUUUUAAAUGUUUUCAGUGUAGACAAACACCAGAAAUAAAUUAUUUUGAUAAAU